ACAACAAUGGCAAGUGCGGCGGCAGCCUCCGACUGGAAGGAAAUCCUCAUGCAAGGGCUGCACUUUGAUCGACCUUGCAGCGCUGCACUGCCUGGCGAUAGGUGCUGGCUCAACAGUGAUUUGACACACUGGAACCAAGUACUGCAGCGACUCGCGUUCGAACUCCGCGAGACAAGCCGAGGCGGCCUGCGCCUCUCUUCACUGCAGUGGCGGAGCAUGAAAAUUGCCGGGAACCGCGACUCCGUAUCUCGCGAUGCGGCAUUCCUUGCUUCACGGCGCCUCGAUCACCACGCCUGCAUCGACGAACUGUCGGUCAGCAUCGUGGCUGACACUGGUCGGUUGGAAAAGCCUGCGUUCUUUAUUAGUCUGCGUCCUUCAUCGUCAGCAGGCGAAUCCGUUCGAGUGAUUCGCUCGCUGGAAGUUUGGGAGAUUUCGUUCGAAGAAGCUCGACGCGACGGCAUGCUCUACACUUUGGAAGGUGUCGACAACAUCUGCUCUCUCGAAACGCUUCUCUUCCGCAGCCAUCGAUGCAAAACCAAGUUCACAUCAGACAUGGGUGCUCUGUUACAGCGUAACCGGAACUCCCUCAAACGUGUGGAUGCUAUGUGCUGUGAGGACGCGAUGUGUUAUAGGGACUGUGAAAUAGUAAUGGCGCCUUUAACGUUUGUAAACCUCAGCUGUUUAGGCACGUUUACAGCCAUAGACUGGAUCAAGCCUCUUUUGAGAGUAUCGACGCAUUUAACGGAACUCACUGCGAACGUUCACGGAAGUGAACUUGCGAUAUUUGCUGGAGCCGUUACGGCAAUCAAAACUUUGACCAAGCUGGAAGUGCUGUUACAUAAGUGUACCCCAACAGUCCUGUUUGAUGCGCCCAAAGUGAACUCAACGUUGAACUGGCUCUGUGUGAAAUUUCCACUCCUAAAUUCGGACUGCGAGCGGGCACUGGCGUCUGCACUGCGCACGAACACGACCCUCAGACACCUGAAACUCGAAGAUUUUAAAUGUACGUCCAGCCUGGCCCAUCUGGCAGCGGCACUGUCAGACAAUGCCAGUCUCAAGUUUUUGGAAUUGGACACCUUCUCUCUGCAGAUGACAAGAAUCACAGGGCUGUGUCGUGCCUUUCGCACAAACAAGACGCUGGAGACGUUGGCGCAUAGACUAAACAGUGGAUUCGGUACCUGCGGGGAAAGGGUGGCCUUGGCGGACGAGCUGACCCACAGCGGAAGCUACGGUCGCGUCAGUCUCCCCUUGGCAGAGCCCGACUUGCCGGGCUUGACGGUGACAUUGACGUCCGUUACGGCUUGCCCCCAGGAGCUGGACUUCAGCAAUAUCUGGCAUUUUAAGGAGGCACUCCUUAUUUCUCUCUUCGAUGUCGUCGCUUCGAGCUACGUUCGCGCUCUGAGGGUCAUCGUGCCGAAUGACCCUGGCGCAAAGGGUGUUCUCUUCUGCGAAAUGCUCAAGAAGGUCGGAAACCUUCGCCGUAUGUUUAUCAUUUGCCUGGAGCUUCUUGCUCGAAACGUCUUCCGCGCUGUUGCAUUGAACAACAGCAUCGACACUUUGCGCAUCGGUAUCCCGGACCCGGUGCGUUUCAGAACUUCCGAGGUUGCCGAGGCGCUGUCGUACAUGCUCGCUCACAAUGAGUCGUUGACCAGUGUCACCGUAUUCUGCACGUACAGCUCUUUCGAUGUAUCUACAGGGAAAGCGAUUGCACGCGCACUGUCUCAAAACAGGCGCAUCACGCAUCUUUCCUUACCGUUUACGUUCAGGAAUGACUGCAACGUCAGUUUCGCCAUCUUGGAAGCACUGCGGAACAACCAGCGCGAUCUUCGCCGCGCUGUAGAUUUUGCCGUUCUUCCCACGGCAGACAGGUUGUGUGCCGAGGCUUUCGAGCUGUUCUUUGGAAGCACAGUUUUGCGCCGCCAAUUGAUGGCGGCUGCCGGCGAGCAGCAAGCACAGGUGACCCGGAUGUUGAGCUCGGCUCGUAACUACUUGUUGGACAACUACCUCGUCAUCACUGGCGUCGUGCGGCAUAACGUCGUGAGAUGUCGCCCUUCGAAUGCCGCCACUCAGGUGGAUGCGCUCACAAACGACUGCUGGCGAGCGAUUGCGCGCUAUCUAAAGAUAACUGACGUGAUUGCAUAGAGAGGUUCACCAAUGGGUUCACUUCCGUUUCAGCCUAGGCUGAUGGACGUUAUUCCUUUUGACUUCUGCAGUAAAGCUUGAUUCUGCUUCAUUUCUUUCGGCCGGCUCUCACGUUCGCGCAACGUACCAGUUCUCAACUCUUCGCUAGGAUCGAUGAUCGCUUCUGGCACUUCCGACGUCGUGCGCAUAUGUCCAACAAAUACAACACAUAACCAGUCCAAGCGACUGAUGCAUACAUUCAGGUGCGCAAGUUGCGGUCGCCGUCUGAACAGAGUUCUUUUUUUCCCUUGCCAUGGUUUACCUUCGAAGACAAGGGACGCACUGCGAGAAAGCGCGCGCUUAUUAUGGUAUUAUUUUGCCCUUCGUUCCAAUUCACUGCAGAGUAACAUGUAAGCAAAUGUACGCUAUAUCACUCAGGCUUUUCAAUAAAGAACUUUCUCAUUCUUU